UUUCCUGAGCCGCCAGACACUGCAGGCUCAACUGAGGCGCGGAGGUGCAAUUCAGGCUGGUGAAACAGCGGGGGAAGGCAGGGACAGGCGGGGCUAGCGCGGCUCUGCAGCUGAUCACACGCACCAGCACAGACACCGCUCUCCCGCCGCCCCCUGCUCGCGCCUCGCUUCUUCCAACCCGGGCCACAGAGGCGCGGACAGGGAGUGGGGGGGCCAAGGAGGGAAAGGAAGGCGCCGUGAAGCUGAGGAAAAGCUGGAGCGGCGCUGGUAUUUAACCUGAGAGUCUGAGCCGCAGCCUGAGGCGCAACCCCCCACAGCAGCACCGUGGUCGCCUGCUGGGAGAGCGCGGCGCCCAGGAACCCUCAAGUCCCGCUCCCAAGUCGGUCAGUGCCCGGCGGGCGCGCCAGGAGCCUUCUGGUGGGGGCAGCGUGGUGCCCUCGGGAAGUGCGGAGCUUGGGGGACCGGCCUUGGCGCCCACCGUGGUACACCAGGAAAAGUGGGGGCGAGCAAAACAGCCUUGCGGGCUGAGUGCGAGGCCAGGCUGCCGCUGCCGCCCGCUGCGCCGCCUCCUGCCCUCUCCCCUCGGGUGAGUGCUCGGCCUUAGCGCCCCGCGGCGUUUCAGCCGAGCGCAGGGGCGGCCUGGGGGCCAGCGAGGGUCCGCCCGGGGGCCCCGGUGGCGCCCGCGGAAACUCGGCGGCCCGCGGACGGCAGGCGGACGCGUCUCUGGAGCCUCGAGCGGGGACUCUUGAGCUCGGAGGGCGAGGGUAGGGGCUGUUGAACCAGUGCCCGGCAGACAUGCCUUUGGGCGGGAUUUUGGCCAAAAGAUAGGAGGCGGGAGCGCCGGGGAGAGCCGGGAGCCGUCCCGGGGGGCGGGCGGUCGGGGAGCGGCGGGGAGGGGGGGAGGGUCUGGUCUGAGCAGGUAGCGCGGCUCCGGCAGCCUGGCGAGUUGACAGGUGGGGUGGCACUCGCUUGUCAACUCAUUAAUUUUAAAACAGUCAGUUUGGGAGUGCUGCAGGAUAGUCGGGAGGGCUGUGGGAAGGCAAGAGGUGGCCUCCGGGAUGCCGGUGGUGGGGGGAGAAAAGAGAAGCCUCCAAAAGCUUGGAGGCAAAUUUGCGUUUGGGCUCCUGGUCCUUGCAGCCCUUCCGCUUUGAGUGAAGGAAAACACUUUUUGUGUGUGUGUGCGUUAAGACUCAGCGUGGAGAGAAAGCCUCCGUCCCAGGGGAGGAGAGGCGUCUGCAGGGGACAGAGACCGCAGCUACCUGCCGGGUGCGCCCCCCACCCCAGGCGCGCUCUCUUUGGUCCCCCCCUUUCUCUCCCGCCCCCACCUCCUUAUUGGUGCUGGUUUGCAGCGCUCGGCUCCUGCGCCUUCGCUUCGCGUUUGAAUCUGGCUUGCCCCUCCGUAUUAUGUCUGCACUCCGAAGGAAAUUUGGGGACGAUUACCAGGUAGUGACCACCUCUUCCAGCGGCUCGGGCUUGCAGCCCCAGGGGCCGGGCCAGGGCCCGCAGCAGCAGCUUGUGCCCAAGAAGAAGCGGCAGCGGUUCGUGGACAAGAACGGCCGGUGCAAUGUCCAGCACGGCAACCUGGGCAGCGAGACGAGUCGCUACCUCUCGGACCUCUUCACCACCCUGGUGGACCUCAAGUGGCGCUGGAACCUCUUCAUUUUCAUCCUCACCUACACUGUGGCCUGGCUCUUCAUGGCGUCCAUGUGGUGGGUGAUCGCCUACACUCGGGGCGACCUGAACAAAGCCCACGUCGGCAACUAUACGCCCUGCGUGGCCAAUGUCUAUAACUUCCCUUCCGCCUUCCUCUUCUUCAUCGAGACCGAGGCCACCAUCGGCUAUGGCUAUCGCUACAUCACCGACAAGUGCCCCGAGGGCAUCAUCCUCUUCCUCUUCCAGUCCAUUCUCGGCUCCAUCGUGGACGCCUUCCUCAUCGGCUGCAUGUUCAUCAAGAUGUCCCAGCCCAAGAAACGCGCGGAGACCCUUAUGUUUAGCGAGCACGCGGUGAUCUCCAUGAGGGACGGGAAACUCACGCUCAUGUUCCGAGUGGGCAACCUGCGCAACAGCCACAUGGUCUCCGCGCAGAUCCGCUGUAAGCUGCUCAAAUCUCGGCAGACACCUGAGGGUGAGUUCCUUCCCCUUGAUCAACUUGAACUGGAUGUAGGUUUUAGUACAGGGGCAGAUCAACUUUUUCUUGUUUCCCCCCUCACAAUUUGCCACGUGAUCGAUGCCAAAAGCCCCUUUUAUGACCUAUCCCAGCGAAGCAUGCAAAGUGAACAGUUCGAGAUUGUCGUCAUCCUAGAAGGCAUUGUGGAAACAACUGGGAUGACUUGUCAAGCUCGAACGUCAUACACUGAAGACGAAGUUCUUUGGGGUCAUCGUUUUUUUCCUGUAAUUUCCUUAGAAGAAGGAUUCUUUAAAGUUGAUUACUCCCAGUUCCAUGCAACAUUUGAAGUCCCCACCCCACCGUACAGUGUGAAAGAACAGGAGGAAAUGCUACUUAUGUCGUCCCCUUUAAUAGCACCAGCCAUAACUAACAGCAAAGAAAGACACAAUUCUGUGGAAUGCUUAGAUGGACUCGAUGACAUUAGUACCAAACUUCCAUCUAAGCUACAGAAAAUUACUGGAAGAGAAGACUUUCCCAAAAAACUCUUAAGAAUGAGUUCUACAACUUCUGAAAAAGCCUACAGCUUGGGAGAUUUGCCCAUGAAACUUCAACGAAUAAGUUCAGUACCUGGCAAUUCAGAAGAAAAACUGGUAUCAAAAACCACCAAAAUGUUGUCCGAUCCCAUGAGCCAGUCAGUGGCUGAUUUGCCACCAAAGCUUCAAAAGAUGGCAGGAGGAGCAGCCAGGAUGGAAGGGAAUCUUCCAGCAAAAUUAAGAAAAAUGAACUCAGAUAGAUUCACAUAACAAAACACCCCUUCAGGCAUUAUUUACUGUUUGAUUUAGUAAUAGUCCCAUAUCUGGUGGAUGAGAUCAUCCUCUCUAAGGAAUCUGAAAGGUACAUUUCCCCCCAGUCAUAUAUGCAUAUUUGAGAACCCUUCCUUUUCAAAUAUUGCUACUGUGCAGAAAGGAAAAGUUGUGAAGAGAGAACAUCACAAGGAGGUUCUUAUUAACGGGCAUGUAUUAUCACAUCCAGCAUGCAAUAACGUGCAAAUUUUGCAUUUAGUUUUAUGGCAUGAUUUCUAUAUGGUAUAUUUAUAUUGUAUAUUCUGGAAAAUGUAUAUAUAUAUAUACAUAUAUAUAUAUUUAAAGAGGUGGUACUCUCCACAACAUUUCUAAAAUAUGUAUUAAGCCAAACAUGAAUCAAUAGCUUUCAGGGUGAUAAAACUAUAUAUAUAUAUAUAUAUGUGUGUGUGUGUGUGUGUGUAUAAAAUACAGUUUUAUAUAUACACACACAUGUAUAUCCAUAAAUACACACACACAUACAUACAUAUAUAUCUGAUAAAAUUGUGAUGUUUUGUUCGAAGUUGUAGUUCUUGUGCAUGUUUACUUUAUUAGGCUAGGAAGGCUUCUGGCAUUAAUUAUUAAUACCAAAUAUUUUAGCCUUAAAUUAUUUGUCAUUUUAAAAUCUGAUUUAAUGUUAUCUGCUGUUUAAGGUCCUGGAAGAGUUUCAAUUGUGCUUUAUAUAAGGGAGUCACACAAGUCUGUUCUGUUUAUGGCCCUGCAGAAAUAUAACCAGUAUUUAUUUAACUUGUAAAUUUUAAAGCAUACCAAUAUGCUGAAAAUUUCUUAUGAUUUUUAAAAGUUGCUAGUACUGGGGAAAAAUAAACAUUGCUUAUUUUGAGAGUUGUUCCUUUCCUGGACGAAUUAAAGUCUGGAAAUCUCUUUUGCAUAUGAUUUAAUGCAAAUAUGAGCUCUGAACAAAUGCUGAGUCAUUGUAACAGUCAGUAGCCAAGUUACAUUGGAUAUGUUGGAAUCUGUGUAAAACUACAUAAUUAAUGGUCCCUGCUUCAAACUGAGUCGAUUGGUAACAUUUUUAUUCUUUUUCUCGGACUUUUGUCAUUUUAAAAACUAAUGAUUUAUCCUUAUGAGUUAAUACAAUGAAACAGAUGAUAAUAUUUAUGCUUAAAAU